AUGUUCGGAAUCGGUGGAGCAUCCCCUCAAAUCUCAUCUCAGGCCAAAUUACAAGCCGCAGAGGCAGAAUUAGACAUGGUCACCGGCAUGUUCAAUGCCCUUGUGUCGCAAUGUCAUUCGAAAUGUAUAAAUAAAUCAUACAAUGAAAGUGACAUUACCAAGCAGGAAUCAUUAUGUCUUGACAGAUGUGUUGCCAAGUACUUCGAGACUAAUGUGCAAGUUGGUGAGAAUAUGCAAAAGUUGGGUCAAAGUGGACAAUUUAUGGGAAGAAGAUAA